AUGGUUGGAGAAAAAGACAUCGAAAAUGCUUUUGAAAAGCUAAAGCGUUUCUUUGGUGGUAAAAGGUUCCAAGAUAGCUCGUGGUCAUGGAUCGUCUGUAUUUCAGCGGCCGUGUGUAAUGCAAUCAAUCUUGGUUUUACACUCAGUUUUGGAGUUUUGUUCCCGGAGUUGAUGAGGCACUUUAAUGCCACAAGAGAAAGGACAGCUUGGGUUGGUUCCAUCAGCCUGGCCAUGGUUUGGUUUGCCAGUUUGCCGGCCGGAUACCUGUGCGAUCACUUUGGAUGUCGUAAAACGUGUUUUUUAGGAGGAUUGCUAUGCGUGACAGGUCUGGUAGCAACUUCCUUCGCCAAUAGCCUGAGUCUAAUGUAUUCUACCUAUGGUUUGGUGUACGGCUUGGGAGCGUGCUUCAUAUAUAACUCUAACUACUUGGUAGUUGGAAAAUAUUUCAAUGAAAAACUCUCAUUAGCUGUUGGUAUAACAGCUUUGGGGUCGAGUGUGGGUGUCCUUUACACAAGCCCGUUACUUCAGGUUCUUUUGGAUGCGUUUGGAUGGAGAAACACCUUUAGAAUAAUGACGGUAACCUUCGCUCUUGUUUGCAUUUUGAGUUUGAAUUUCAAUCCAAACGUAGUUGAAACAACGAUGGUGAAGGAGGUGAAAGCAGAAGCGCUGAACAUGGGGCAAAAAGCAGGAAUUAAAGGCAGCAUCUCCUCUUAUUGCAGCGUGUGGACAUUUCCUGUUUUCACUUUCGUCGUCAUUUCUUUGAUGGUGGGAUCUUUUGGAAUGUACACUCCUUACAUCAAUCUGGUCAAGUACUGUGAUGAUCUUGGUAUCACGGCGCAAAGUGCCUCUCGACUGUUCAUCUUCAACGGCCUUACCUCAUCUCUUGCGCGGAUUCUGUCCGGAAAACUGUGUAACAAUCCAAAGAUCAACCCAGUAUUUGUUUAUCAGUCAUCGCUGUUUAUCGGCGGUGUAUGUGUGCUCCUGUUACCUAUGGCAACUAAAUACUGGGCCUUGGUUGUAUUUAGCUGUGCUUUUGGAAUAAGUGAUGGAAUUUUCAUAACCACGCAAUGUUACAUCUUGCUUAGCUGUGUGGAUAAAGAGAGAGCCACAGCUUCAUUUUGUAUCCUUAGCGUGCUUUGUUCAUUUUCGGUGGCUACCGGUGGACCUAUUGCUGGUUUGAUGGCAGACCAAGAUGGGAACUAUGUAAAUUCGUUUUACAUGACCGGCGGGGUUCUGAUGUUUGCAUUUGUUAUUCCUUUCGGAUUGAUUUUUAUCAAGCGGAGAAGGUUUCUAGUCAGUCCAAUAGUAUCACCAGAAAUGACUGACUUGGAAGCAAGGAAAAACUAUUCCAAGCCUUAA